AUGGCCAGGAACAAGAACAAGAAGGGUCAAGGCCAAGGCGCCGCCGGCAACCAGCAGCCCGGCAGCAGCAAGCCCGAGGAGCAGCAGCAGUUUGAGGAUCAGAAGCCCGGAGAGCAACAGCCUGAGGAGCAAAAGCCCGAAGGCACAACCCCCGUCGGCGAGUUCGGCAACCCCGGGGACGAGGCGCAGACCGGCGAAGCCAAGGACAUGCCUGAAGACGCUUCCAAGCCGGAAGACCCCAAGCCCGAAGAGCCAACAGAGGACAGGCCCAAGGACCAGUCAUCACAAGACGAGGAGAAGAAGCCCGGAGAGGACGUAGAGCCCCAAGACGCCCAGCAGCAGGAUGCGUCGCAAGGCGACGAACCAAAGGCCGGGGACGAACAGAGCCUGACGGAAGACGAGAAGAAGAGGAAGAAGCAGAAGCAGCUGGAAGAGGAACAGAAGCAGCAACAACAGUCUCAAGAGCAACAAAAGACGCCCGGCCAGGACGCGGACGACAAGAAGCAGGAGCCGUCUUCGGCGUCAAAGCAGGCCGGCGUCGAGGACGAGGCGGAGCCCGAGUCUAAGCCGGCCGCUGACAAGGACGGCGAGAAGCCCUCAACGGCGGACCAGACCGCCAAGGACCAAAAGCCCUCGAAGCUGGACGGCGACGAGGAGGAGGUCGAGGAUGACGGGGGCGAGUACUACGACGAUGACGACGACGACGAUAACGUCGAAGACGAUGACGUCGAGGACGAGGAGGAUUACAGCGAGGAUGACGACGAGGAAGACUACGACGAGGACGAGGACGAAGACUACGACUCGGAAGAGGACGACGAGGACGACGGCGGCUACCAGAACGGCCAGAUGACGAGGCAGCAGCAGCAGCAGAUGCAGCAGCAACAACAGAUGCAGAUGCAACAGCAGCAGAUGCAGAUGCAGGGCGGCGGCGGCGGCGACGCCGGCAAGAACCCGCUGAAGCUGCGGCUCGACCUCAACCUCGACAUUGAAAUCACCCUCAAGGCCAGGAUCCACGGCGACCUGACGCUGGCUUUACUGUAA